GCGUUGACGGCCGGCCGGAGGGUCUGACCCACGGGAGGCGUGUGCCUCGGGGAGAUCUGUCGUCGUUGACGUGAGGUUUCUAGGCGAGUGGCGGGAGCGUUGCGUGACCGGGGGGGUCUGUGGCUGUGUGUGCCUCCAGGUAUGACCGAGGUGCCGUCGAGGAGAGAUUCUGAAUGCCUGUGGCAGGUCACCGUCUGCUCCUAGGGAAUCGGACUGUGUGAGUAGGGAUGACUGGAGAGAUUUGGGGGCCUGAGGGACAGACCCGGUGUUUAAGAUCAUGUGGGUGCCCGUGACUGUGUGACUGGCGACCCUUGGGGGUGGACGACCAAGAUUUGAGUGGGCUUUGGAGUCGGUGAGAGCAAUCCUUGUUUGCUGUGUCUGCAACAGAAAGGGUGCCACUGAGGGCCACCUGGCUGGGUGUACCUGCGUCCAUCGGCCAGCACCUUCCCUUCCGUGCACUGGAGUGUGGCAGAACUGUGGAGCCAUCAGAGGGGACGUUCGCAUGGAUGCCCGUCGUCGGUCACCUGAGGUAACCUGGCGGCAGCCCUCCGAAUCCUACUUCCAAGAUUCCUGAAAACCUGAGUUUCACCAGAGUGCUGCUCUCAAUGGCUGCCCCCAGGAGCCCCCUGAGCCUGACACCCUGGGAACAGGAGAGCUUCCUCCAAGUGAAGGUGGAAGAUGAUGAAGUAGAUUUCUCCCAGGGGCCUGAAUCCAGCCUCCACGGCCUCUCUGCUCUUCCAGAGGCUGCACGCCUGCGCUUCCGGCAGUUCCAAUAUCAGGAAGCAACGGGUCCCCAAAAGGCCCUGGCCCAACUGCAUGAGCUGUGCCUCCAGUGGCUACAGCCCAACAUGCUCCAACUGCUGGUGCUGGAGCAGUUCCUGAGCAUGCUCCCCGCAGAGAUCCAGGCCUGGGUGGGGGCCCAGUAUCCAGAGAGCAGUGAAGAGGCUGCCAGACUGGUGGAGGAUCUGACCCAGGUGCUCAACAGGAGAGUGCUGUUCACUGAGGACUCUGAUCUGCUUCUGACUGGGAACUUUGGCAACGAUGGGUGGGCAGGCAUGGAGCCCCUGACAGUGAAAUAUGAGGCUGGGAGCCGGGACCUGAGCUCGAAGAGGCAAGCUGCGAGCAGAGUGAAUUGGAAGACACGGUCACUGAGAUCCUCGUGGGAGCCUUUGGCAAUAGCUGUGGACCUGAGGGCAGCUUGGAGAGGCCGGCAGGAUUCUCAGGGUAGACUUGGACAAAGUCUUUUCCUCAACAAAGGGAUUUCAGGAAAACUUCAGGGCCCCACAUGGAUGCCUCCACAGACAAGCCCAGUUGUGAUGAUGGUACCCUGAGGAACAGUCCCAGUGUGAGACCACAUUUUGCCUCAGGAGGAAAGGCGCCGUCCAAAAAGAUACUAGAUUCAUCAGACAGGUGUAGGACUCAGCCUCCCCGCACGUUCUCAGGGCUCAGGUCCUCCAAGUGCGGCAGCUGUGGAAAAUCAUUCAGGAGCUCCCGGGCCCUGGAGGCACAUCAGAAGAGCCAUUCUCGGAAGACACCCGAUACCUGCAGUGAGUGCAGGAAAGCCUUCAGCCGGAGCACUCACGUGGCCCAGCAUCAAGUCAUCCACACCGGGGUAAAGCCUCAUGAGUGUAAAGAAUGUGGGAGAGCUUUCAGCCGAAUCACCCACCUGACACAGCACCAGAGGAUCCACACUGGAGAGAAACCCUACAGAUAUGGAGACUGGCAAAACAUUCAGCCGCAGCACCCACCUCACCCAGCACCAGCGGGUGCACACAGGGGAGCAGCUGUGUGAGUGUGAGGAGUGCAG